UGUGAGAAUAUAGAUUUCGAAAUAAUCUUUUGCAAACAGGCCUUCCACAGGGAGCUGUCACAAGCUGCACUCUUACAGGCCUUCCACAGGGAGCUGUCACAAGCUGCACUCUUUUUUCCACAGGGAGCUGUCACAACCUGCACUCUUUUCAAUGUUGACAGGGAGCUGUCACAAGCUGCACUCUUUUCAAUGUCUUCAUCGAUAUACAAACAGUCACGGGCAUCAAGUACUUACUUUAUGCAGACAAUCUUGUUCUAUGUGCGACAACAAUGGAAUGGCUAUCAACACCACGAAAACUGCAUUCCAAACAUUUUCACUGGCCCGCCACUGCAUAAAUCCGCAUUUACGGUACAAGGAUACUUCUCCAGAAAAACCAACGAGUUCACUUAUCUCGGAAUGACGUUUGACACAAAGCUAACAUGGGAAAGCCACGCUGCUAAAGUGGCAGAACGAGUUUCCAAAAGACUGAACGUACUGAAGCGUCUCGCUGGUAGCAUAUGGAGAUGUGCACGCUCAACCCUAAAUACCAUUUACAAGAUGUUUGUUCAACCAAUAAUGCUGUCUUGCUAUGUGCCACUCACUACAGCCUCUGAGGUGAUUCGCAAACCACUAGAGAAUGCGCACAACCAGGCAUUGCGACUAAUUACUGGAGGGAUAAAAUCAACACCCAAAUUACGACCAAUUACUGGAGGGAUAAAAUCAACACCCAUUGAGCCAAUGCUCUAG